UGUUGAUUUCUCCACCAUUUAACAUUGAUGACUGGUCUGAGGGUGCCACGGCCGUACGUAUACGUGCUAUCUCCAGAAUAAAACUCUUUAGGUAGGAGUGAUACCUCGUAUGUAAAUAAUGCAAAUUGAUUCCCGUCUGACGCGAAUUAGUGCCCAGAUAAAAAUACACAAGUCACAAGCCUUCCUGGACAACCCAAUAUUUAGCCCAUGGCAAUGUAAUCAUCCAGCCUAUUGCAGUCAGAGCACUAUAGCCUCUGUAUCUCUGUCGGGCGAUGCAGUAUGGAAUACAGACUACUACCCCAGCGCUAUAGCACAGCCCCUGGCCUCGACUGCCAACAACAGCUCCCAGGCAUUCUCAUCCAUAUACCAGGAUAAUUCAAUUCCGAUGCCGAAUACGCAGACCGAGCUUCCUUUCAGUGCCAAAUAUUCUGCCAAAGUAUGUCUCCGUGCAGCCCUCGCUAUAUCGCAUACUGUGCAGGUUCUUUCCAACCCAGAUCCGUUGUACAUCCUUGCACAUAAAAGGUCGAUUUCGGAUGCAAGCAGGACUUGGCUCAAGCGGGACCCAUUUACCUAUUUUCCGUUGGCCACGCCGUCCUUCGUUUCUUGUUUGGCUCGGGGAGGCUAUACUAUGUCUAGGAUAUGCUGCAAGGCAAGGAUAGCACAGAGGGUGUCUGCACAGCUAGAUCUCGGGAGUUCUAGCGGUGUGGCUGCAUCAGACAAGCUAGCUUGUCGAGCAACUCAAAACGGGACUCCAGGGGAAAUACACCAUUUUUUUUUGAAGCCAUGCGGGGCAUUCGAGACGAUAUCGUUGGUGCUUGGCUACGAGCAUUCCCGGAGAAGCAUAACGAGCCACUUGUCAACCUUGUCUUGUUAAUACAUAGCACUUUGAAAUUUAAGAUGUGCAUCUCUUCAUGCUACCUAAUGUUAAGUCCGGUGAUCUAUAUAAUCCUAUCGCUGUCCUUUCUUUCUGUACUUCUUUUCCACCUAUUGACCCGUUGUUUCUUCUUACCCUACGAAAUCCUCGUCACCUGUGAUGAUAUUCGGUACCUGCUGGCUUCCUUUGAUGA